AUGCCUGCUCCAUUGUCUCUGGCGUCCUUGAUUGUCUUUGUGGUGCUUCUUUGUUGCAAGGCCUGCAAGCUCAUCCAGUACGAGGACGACGGCAGCGCCUUGAUGGAGACCCUUGGGGAGAUUCCCAUAUGCAUGACGUGGGGGCAGAACGCGGCGAAGCAUUUGCCUGGAGUGAAAUUUGAUGACCUUGUGGCUGAGAAGGAUGCCGAUGACACCGAAGCUGACGCCCCGGUCAACAACCUGCACGCCAACGACGAGAACAGGGGGCUCAUGGACACCAUCGCUGUCGGCGACGCCAAGCAGGUGGAGCAGUCCAUGUACACGAAAUACUCGGGGUCGACGUUCUCGGAGGUCCUCCGCGAGUUCGGCUUGACCCCCAAGAUGUUCGAUAUCAGCCCCUCCGUGUUCUACACCGCCAAAGGCAGGGAGGUCAUCUACGCUUGCGAGCGCGACGAGAAGUUCGAGAAAAAGUACCCCACCGUCAAGAUCGGCUGCUCCAGCAACAUCGCGGUGACCACGAGGAAUGCAGACCGCGGCUCGCGGGCCCUCUUCCCCAGCCAGGGCCAGGCGAUGCUGUCUGCUGCUGGCUCUGGGACGGUCAGCGCCGGGAAAGACGUGGAGGGGCCAGCCGUGCAACACAUGCGGCUCAGCAUCAAGACCAAUGAGCAACUUACGGAGUUGUCUGAAAAGCUGAAGGAUGCGAAGGCGAGAAAGGCAACCUCGAGGCUGGAGGCCAAAGGCACGACAGAUCUCCUGGAGGUGGAUGACGGUAUGGACUCGGACGUGGAGGGUAUGAUGGGUGGAGUUGGCUCCGAUGGGAACGCCUGGAAGGGCCCCUCGCCCGUCGCCAUCGCCGACCACGUCGAGGGCUGGUCCAAGGGCGAGUGCGCCGACCUGGACUUUGACAGGGCCUUCGAUGGAUCGAAGCUUGGACAGCUCCUCAAUCACGCAGCGCCCCUCAUGCCCAAGAACGACGCGGCCGAGCGCAGCCAACUGACGAGGAGGAUGGAUCUCGCAAAAGUGGCCGUGCCGAUGAACUGCGACAACUGCCACCAGUUGAAGGAUGAGGAGCUCAUCUCCAAGGUCAACGAGCUGGCGAAGGCGGGGGCGAAGCCGACUCUGAAGUUGCGGGUUGCCCUCACCAAGCGGCACACGAACAAUACGUUCGCCAAGAUCGAACAAAUGACCGAGCUCUCUGAGAUCAAGGCCGAGCUCGUGGACUACCUGAGCCACAUCUGCAUGUGGAACGCGUCUGCGAAGAGGGUGCUGGACGAAGGUUGCGCCCCUAAGCCGCCGUUGCGACACACUGGCCUGGUCGACCAGCAGCCAGCGCAGGUGUUUCGCGACCCCGCCAUCAAACACAUGUUGUUGAAGUUCGCUUGCGCUGGACACCAGCAUGCCGUCCACGUUCGAACGUUCAUCCAGGCGGCCACUGAGGCGCGGGGGAACUUGCCAGAGGAAGCCGGCCUCAGAGACCGCUGCGCGUUGGAGCUUACUAGCAGCAAUACUGUCAUCAGCUUGCUGGCCUUGCUCCAGUCGGACUCGGCGUUCGACGUCGUCACUGCGGAGCCCGAGGUCAUCGAGCUGUUGCAGACUGCGCGCGUCAAGGCUGCGGAGCUGUCGCUCGACCAGUGCUCCAUCACCAUGACGGCGGCGGCCGUUGCCACGUGCAAGCACUGGAACGAUAGCUCCGCAACGGGCCUGUCAUGGAAAAUCGCCGAGCGCCUAGGGUCCUUCAAACAACUCUUCAGGGAUGUGGGCGAGCUAGACCCGAUGAACGAUUCGCUGACCCGCAUCAGCACUGAUAUCGGCAAGGCGCUGGCUGAUCUGGACCUGUCGGCGAAGCACGCCGUCCUCGACGCACGCAUUACCAACUGGAGCUUCUCGGCCGAAGCGUCGACGACCGCUUUGAAGGAGGCCAUCGCGGCGUGCGACGGCAGGAGGCUGCCCGAGGGUAGGACGACGCUGGCCUACGAGAAAUGCAUGGAGAUUGUGGAGCACGUUUCCAAAUCGAUGCGGGGAGACAGCGCCAAGGAGUUCCAGGUUGUAGAUGUGCACACGACUCGGGAUUCUGGCGAAGAUCACUAUUCCGAGACCGAGCAGAAAGUCGCAAAGCUUGCGCCUCUUCUCCAGUACGCUGGCGCGACGCUGAAGCAGCUCAACGCUCUGCGCUCCCAGGCUCCAGGUGCAAUGCCCGAGGAUACCGACGCCACGCCGUCCAUCGAGUCGACCAGCGUUGCGGCCUGCGGCGAGCUCUUUGGCGAUAUCAAGGUCAUCGAUGAGUUCGUUGACCUCUACGAGAAGUCGCUGAAGACUGCUGACACCCAGUUCAUCGAGACCUCGAGCGAUCAGAUCAGUGACCUGGUCGGGAAGUCCGUGGGCACGACGAACAAGUACAGCCUCAGCGGGGAGGGCGACUACGUCGAUGAGAUGAGGACGAAGCUCGCUGAGGCCCGUGCGAUGCGCGCUACAGAUAUGAUCAUGGAGUUCCUCGCCACCCCGAGCGCCAUGAAGGACAAGGUCGCCAUGCAGCGGAAGGCCCAGGCGGCCGCGCAGAAGCUCAAGAGGUGGAGGGUGGACCCGAGCACGAUGGACGCCGUGGUCGUGGCCCGCUACAAGCAGGCCUUGAAGUACAAGUGA